AGUAUUGCCGCUAACAGAAAUGCCUUCAAAUGGCCAUGAAGCGAGAAGCCAUUCAAGAGGAGAGGCAACGCAACCAGGAAGUGGGGAGAAAUGGAUAUGUAUGCCACCAGUGGUGUACAAGGUGACAUGCCAAUUGACCGAGUUUUGGAUGCUGAAAAACGUGUCGAGUGCAAGGACGAGACCCAGGGGAAUUCAGCCACUUUACGAAACAAUUUGGAAGAUAUCUCAAGAAAUUUGAACGAAAGUAGAGUCGACAGUCAUAAAGACGCACGUAGCCGAAAAAAGCAAGAAAUUGUCGAGGACUUGAAGUGCAGAUUACAAUCGAAACUCUAUCAAAUGCCAACAUAUUCACCGACAUUACAACAUCCCCGUCGAAGUUCUAUUAGCCCGAGAUCGCGAAUUCACUGCCAAGCACCAAACGGAAGCGAUAAUUUUUAAUCAGCGUGGCUACCAGGAGGCACACGUUGAUAGCCAUCCCCGUGCCGGUGAGAUCAAACGAAAAGGCGUCCGCCAAAAAUUGUCCAUCCACAGCAAAACAGUCCAGUCUCGAGCCUCAAUUGCCCCCCACUCGAGUAGCGUUUUUGAAAAAAAAAACAGAGUGCACAAGUUUGAGCAUCGUCACCAGUGGAAAUAUUGUCGAAAUCAAUUGACUUCAAGCUUGUUAAAGACGAAAUGUGUGGCUUGGAAAUAGCCUCUUUCCAAUUCACCGUCAAUGGUGAUGAGUUUCAAAUCAACUUAUGCGGAGCCAUUUAAAUCAUCCAGGAUGAAAGUAAGCUUAGAAAACUAGAAUAAAUUUCGUUUUUCGUGAUAUUCUCUUCUUGACGAAGCGACAAUUCGAGUUCGACGGGCUUGCCUCUGACUUACUUGGUGGUUCCUCUUUAAGCGGCAAGAGACUAGAGACGAAGACGAGAAAAAAAAGAAACGACAAACAAAGCCUUUAGUCUCGUAUAAAAGAUGAUUAACACCCCAUAAAUUGAUGAGGAGAAACCGGCGUAAAUCGGCAUAAUUUGGUCUUUGAAAAAUGGAAAAUUGCGCAUCAUAGAUUCUUUGGCUCUCUGAAUGCUUUUUAUUCCCAUGAAUUUUUAAAUAAAAUAACACCGAUUAUCACAUUUCCUAAUACCGAGUUUUAAAAGUCUCAAGACGUUAAUUUACCUCCACGGGUCAGUCUUAUCUAGUCAUCCGUCACAGGAUCAAAAACUUUGCAUUGCUGGCUUAAAUUUACUGGAACGUUCGGCGAAAUUAUGGGAUAAGUAUCGCCUUUUAGAGCGUCAGUUUGGCAAUGAAAAAGCUUCAGAACUAUGAAUCCUUCAAAAAAGAUGUUAAAUAAUUUUUUUAAAAUUUGAAGGGGUUGGAUCAAACUUUUCCGUUGAAAGUAACUCUCAAAUUGCACCAUUAUUCACCACAGAUUCUAUGCUAGCUCCUGUGGAAUUCCGUCAUGUUUAAUGUUUUAUUUUGUUAUGUGGGGAUAAUUUAAGAUUUGUCUUUGGUGGUAAAUGGCUCCGACUAGUCGAGAUCAUCUGUUUCAAAUGUUGUCACAAAAUAUUGAAUUUUUCAAAAUCUUUCUGUUUUGAGAAUAUUUCUUAUCCAUGAAAAUGGAACAGAAUAUGAUAGCACUAAAUUUCUGGAAAACGCUAAUGAGGGCAGAAACGUCUUGAAAUCCGUA